AUGAUCAUCCGAUACCUCCUUAUGCUCACCACGGCACCUCUUCCUCAAGAAAGAGGCCUUCGCCAAGGUGAUCCACUCAGUCCUCUCCUUUUCAACAUUGCUUUUGACCCUUUCCUCCACUCCAUUCAACAGAACCCUACUUUUGAGGGUUUCCAUGUACAACAAGAAGCCCCACCACAUCCAUCACCUACUGCCGACGUGGACGAUCUAACCGAAAGCCUCGCCAACUCAUCCCCUCCGCCAGACUCCCCUCGCAACACUCCUUCAGUCUCUCCCACCCAUUGCAAUCCAAUUAAGUACAAAAUUCUAGCCUAUGCAGAUGACACAUUAGUCUAUUUGAAGAACUUUUCGGAUUUUCUUCUUCUGCAGGACUCUAUCAAUACAUACAUGAAAGCAUCGAAUGCACUACUAGAUUACAGGAAAACUAUAGCCAUUUCGCUCUCUGGACAACCACAACCAGAUUGGCGCGAGUUUCUUGCUACACACCAAAUCCACCAAAUGCAUGACCGCACCUCUCCUGAUCCAGUAACAUAUCUUGGCUAUCCCCUAUGCUCCGGUUUAUCCCAACGCAACCUCGCUUUCCAGCAACUCUACAACAAUGUCCAACAAUGCAUCCAUAUUCACUCCCAACGGAACCUCUUCAUUCGUGGAAGAGCUACCGUUCUCAACACACUCAUUUUCUCGAUACUCUGGCAUGUCAUGCGCAACUUUAUUUUCAUCAAAGCUCAAUUACUCUCCUUACGCAGCCUUGGAUCCUCCUUCAUUAACUUUCAUAUCUUCCCCAAACUAUCCUUUAGAACCCUUCAACAGCCUCGCCAUCAUGGUGGCCUCCAAGUUUUAGAUCCCAUUGUCCAACAACAAGCUCUCCAAUGGCGCUGGAUUUGCCCCCCUCAUUUUGGCCGCCUGUCAUUCAGUACAACCUGCAAUGGUAUUUACACUCUACCGCUUUCUCUGAUUACUUUUACCACUUACGCUUUCCUGCCGCUCGACAAGCCAUCUGGUUCCAACAUCGACCCAGUCCACACCAAGCUUUCCUUAACAUACUCACCAAUGUCAUUACCACCAUGGAUCGAAUACCUCGCUCCUUCACAACCUGUCACUUAG